GUCCCUUUGUCCGGUGGAGUGCCGCGCGCGGCGAGGGGCUGUGGGAGGAGAUGGCCUUCGCCUCGUCGCUAGUGGCGCCGCUGCCCCCGCCGCCUCCUGCCGCGAGGGCGGGGUGGAGGCGCGCGAGGGCGGCCCCUCGGCGGCUCGUCCUGGCGGUAUCCAGCCGAGGCGGCGGCUCGGCCCCGGCCCCGCCGACGUUCGACCGGCUGCGGGAGCAGCUCCUCCAACUCCACGCCGAAGCCGACCUCACCCAAUCCAAAGCAAAUAGUGCUCGGGUGAGGCUUGUGCGGUUGACCGAGGCCGCUGAGAAUCUUAAGAAGAGAGCCGUGGUCAGUGUUCGGAUGGGCAGAGAGAAUGAGGCAGUGGAAUUACUUGUGCAGAAGAAGAAGUUGACCAAUGCUUUGGAGAACAUAAAGGAGCGCAUUGAGCUGCUUGACAAGCUUUCCGCAAAGAUUAGUGAGGUUAUUUCGGUGAAGCAGAAUAUGUUAAUUGAACACGCGUUGCGUCCAGGGACGACUAAUGUUGAGGACUCCAAUGACCAUAUAAGGGUGUUCUCCGGUAAAAUUGAUGAUCGGGUGGAUGAGACUAGUGAUUCAAACUUGGCUGGCCACUCCAAGAGAAGUGAACUUCAGAUGGCUGAUAGCUUCACAUUCUCCAAGGAUCACGACCCAACAAACAUCAUGGAUGAUCAUUCUGCAUAUGAUGAUUUUGUGCAGCAUAUUGAUUCACAGCUGAGUUCAUUACAAUGUGAAAUUGAUCACUACACCAGUUCCCAAUUAGCAAAAGAGUUGGACACUCAGCAGUCUAUAAAUGACAAGUUGCACAAAUUGUCAACCAUAUUGAAGCUUAUAACUGAAACUAGAGAAAGGAUUGCGAAGAUUUCGGAUAACACAGUAAGUGAGAGUGGAUCUGAUGGCUUGAGAUGAUGGCAAACUACAAAACAUUGAAUUCAUCAUGUCAAGCUCUGUCUCUUUCUUUGAAGGGCUUUGCUUGCCAAGCUCAUGUGCACAGGGAGCUUCUUUGAUUGAUGUGAAUAUAGAAGGUGAAGAAUGCACCCGCUGUAAAGUCGGCGUGGAUACUAUAUUGGUGUUUUCAUUAGUGGCUGGAGGAUGAUUGAGAGUACUGAGGCUAGCUUUGACAUUAGUGUCUGGAUGAAAGGAAGGUGCACACCUGUUUGGGACAUCGCAUGAUUUGCUUCUGUCUUGCUUGGAGGAAGAAUACUUCUGAUUACGCUGGAAUAGAGGCAGCAGAGGCUCCUCCAUGGAAGACAUAUUUGAGCUAGGAUUCAUGAGCUUGCAGUUCUCAGGUUGGGGUAUCAUCACUUUAUAUACAUGGUGGUUCUGCUGAGAUCUAGACAAUGGAAGCGGUAACCAUCAGACAGUCAACCAGGGAUGUACACUUCCCUGGUGUUUCUGAGGUGCCAAGUUGACAAUGGCUUAUCAACCUUCUGAUCUUGCAAGUUGGUCCUCCGCUCUCUGGGGUGAUCCGUCGGAAUUAAGGCAGUGCCAUAUUCUGCAGGACUCCGUUCUGCAACUGGAGUGUGGACAUGUCAAUUUCUUGUGGUGCUCAGAUCUUGUUGUCGGUGAGGGAGGUACGAUUGCGCCGCCUAAAAGCUUCUCGAGCUGAAGGAACUUGGUUCCGGGUCAUCUAUGUCUCUUCGAGUGGUCGGUGUCUGUACGGAUCAUACGAUCUGGACAGAAGGCUGUAGGCAAAACUGUACGACUUCGUGCAGAUUUUACCGAAGACUGGAAGAUUUAGAGGUCCCAACUCCGAAGCAAGCAGUCGAGCUUCUGACAUAAAUGUACAUAAUGAGACUGCGCCAUGAAUAUCUUUAUCCUGUAUCCAGAGUUUGUGGCCACAUCACUCAUUUUAUAGGCUCCUGUGUAAAAGUUGGUGCCGAGAAAUUAGUUUUCCUGAAUAAAAAGUUAAAAGCGUUAUACUUA